GUUGUUGAAUCCCUGGAGAUAUUGAUCUUUGAUCAAAGAAUAGUUACGAUCAUGCGAAGCAGGGAAUUAGGGAGUGCCAGCUGGAAAUAUUUAUUAGUGGCCAGCCACACCCUUCACACCACUCAACUUGAUCAUAAACCUAUGCUUUAUUUUCAGUCAGAUACAAUCCCUCGAACAGAGUGCAUUGAAAUUUACUUGGAACUAUCUUUUAACUUCAACAAUUUCAUUUUCAUGUAGUAAUGAAUUGUGACAUUUGUAAAAAUGAACGAAAGGAUAGUUCCAACAACGUCAAAUUCGAUAUCUUUCUCCACAUCUGUACCACCCUGUUCUCCGAACGAAGUAGCUAUUAGUCCAGGAGACUGUGUCAAGGGAGGCAUGGAAGAAUGGCUAGAAGACGAGACGGUAGCUGGUUUUCGUGUCUGGCAACUAGCGGGCAUCGUUCUUUCUAUAUUGCUAACGAUAAUGAUAGCGCUGUGCUGCUGCAUAAGAUUUCGAGUGCCGAGGACGAAACAGGAGAUUGAAGCGGAUUAUAUCAGGAAAAGGAUAACAAGAAGUUUUAGAAAAGAACUGGCCAAGAUAAACAAUGAGGAGAUGGACGAAAUGGAUUUGGAUCAAGCUUUAGACAGAGUUCGAGCAAAGUUUGAUGCUGAGACGGAGUUACAAAAACGACAAAGAGACCAAAAGUUUGACGAACAACCACGUGGAUUUCGAGCAAGAUUCAACUCUAUAUUGCACGGUGUGCAUUUACGCCUUGCUCGGAAUGAACCCAGAGAAUUGAAUGGUGUAAUCUGAAUAGUACUGACAGAAGAGAAAAUGAUAUUGGUAGACAGUUCUCCCAGAUUAAAUAUAAUUUUUAUUUUUCGAUAGAAUACAUAAAUUAGUUCUGUUUAUUAACAUGCAAUAAUGAUUGAUGGUGUGGUAUUUACAUACAGCAAAUUAUCAUCAUUUUGGAACAUGUCACGAUGAUCUACCCGUGUAUACAUAGGUAUACAAUAGUGCAUAACUGUAACAUACUUCAAUUAAAAUUCUUACUUUCUAACAA